AUGGCCUCAUGUGUGAGCACGAAGAUUUUAAUUCUCUCAGACACCCAUGGUUUGAAUUUUCCCGCAGUUUUCUGCGAGCCAGUCGACGUGGUGAUGCAUUGUGGCGAUCUCACAGAAAGAUCUUCAAUGCCGGAAUACGAAUACACGCUGCAACUCCUUAGGAAGAUCAAUGCCCCACUCAAAUUGUUCAUCGCUGGCAACCACGACUUAUCCCUUGGCCCUCCAGCGUUGCGGAAGAAGGUUGAAGAAGCAGAACGAGCCGGCAAAGAAUCCUUCGCCGGCCUGAUCGAUAAAGAGCUCCUCAAUAUCAAAACCUGGAUCAACGAAGCAAAAGCUGAGAAUAUUCUCUACCUUGACGAAGGCAUACAUGAGUUUGUGCUUGGCAACGGUGCCCUGAUGAAAGUGUACGCCAGUGCCUACACUCCUAGCACCGAGGGAUGGGCGUUUGAGUACUCUACCCAUGAUUUCAAUAUCGAUAUGGGCACAGAUGUUGUUAUCACUCAUGGCCCACCUCGCGGCGUUUUGGACAUCUCAGGCGGCAAGCGCAUCGGGUGCCCCCAACUGUUCCGGGCAGUUGCACAAUCGCAGCCCAAAAUCCAUUGCUUUGGGCACGUUCAUCAGGGAUGGGGAGCCAGGCUUGUCGCUUGGAAGCAGCACCUUUCCAAAGCUCCUACCCAUCUCGAAGAUAUCGACAAUUCCAAUUCCUCGGUAUUGGAACAUCUUGGCACCCGCCAUGAAUCAUACAAUGUUGCAGAAGCAAGGAAAGAGAGACUGGCCCGAUAUAAAGCACAAGGGGACUGUCGAACAAGCCACUGUGCUGAUGACGUGGAACCUUUGAAAGACGGUCGGACCCUAUUCAUCAAUGCGGCAAUCAAAGGCAGUGACGAGUUGUAUCAGGCACCAUGGCUCGCUGAGAUUGACUUGGAGAGUGCUGAAUCGCCAAAGCCGGAGGCCUCAAUUUCCACAUCGUCAGCAGAAUGUGGAGAGACAAAAUCAAGGAAGCGGAACAGGAAAGCAGAAUUUUCUGAAGCGAAUGAAUCUAAGAGGACUCGAACUUGA